GCCAGCUACAGGCCCAUCACGUUGCUCAACACCGACUACAAGCUCGCGGCGCGGGCGAUCGCCAGCCGGAUCGGGCCGCUGCUGAAUCAGGUGGUGGAUGCCACACAGACAGGCUUCCUGCCUAAGCGCUGGGCGGGGGACAACGUGCUG